GAAGGCGCCGCUGUUCGAGAGCAUCGCUCCGCCGAGUCUGGCGGUGUUUGAGGAGAAACAGGAGGCGUGGGCGAAGGUUCAUUUGUGAUAGUGCUUAUGUUGAGUUGAUUGAAGUUGUAGAGUAGCAAUUGGGUGCGCAGGGGCAGGGAACCAGAAUUGAACCCAGAUCCACCAUCUAAGCAGUAGCUGUACGUACCAUGGAUGAGUGACGGACGAUAAGAGUGGGAAAUCCCAGAUAAGAAAUCCGGCUUUGGCCAAAACGCGGGGAAUCGGAGGGGAGGCCGGGCUGGGUGACACAUCAUCCAUCAAUCAUCAUCAUCCCUCCGACCGGGAGUCUCUCUGAGCUCCGUCGUGGUCAGAUAAUGCAGAACCCUUCUCACCCACGCAACCCUGGCUGAAUUCUCGGCCAUGUCGUACAGAUCCCGUUAGACUUCAUUCACAAUGGCCCAAGUCCGCGAGCCCCAAGUCGAAGAUAACCACUCCCACACCGUGGUAGGUCGGGAGGAAAAUGAAACCCCCCCAACUGAAACGGCGGUCAACACGGCCGAACACCAUCGCGAGAGCCAUAGCGACGACGACAGCGACCGCGAUGCAUUCGAAUUGCGCAACGUUUCGACCCAAGACGUGGACGAGGCCGGCUUUUCCACUGACUCGAUAUCCUCCGGGGAAUACCGCGUGAGGACGCUCCGAACGGUCUCCCAGGCCACUCAGCGCAGUCGGGAGUCACGCAAGGGGCCAUGGGGGCGUCUCGAACGCUUCUGGACGCGGCAUGUGGUGCUGACUGUGCCACAACGGAGUAAUCGGGAUCAUUUUGCAUUGGAACGAACCUUCUUGGCGUAUAUCCGCACCUCGGUUAUGGUCGCCAUGCAGGGCGUGCUGAUCGCGCAAUUGUUCCGCCUCCAGCACAUGGCGUCCCCGGAUCUGGCGCUGGGGUUCUACGAGGUCGGCGUGCCGCUCUCCGUGACCUGCUACGGGGCGGCCAUCCUCAUCGCUUCCCUGGGCGCGUAUCGCUUCUGGAAGCAGCAGAAUAUGGUCGCCUUGGGCACCGUGUACGCCGGGGGGUGGGAGCUGAAUCUGAUUGGGAUACUCAUCGGCUUGAUCAUUCUCACGACUUUUAUUGUAUCGAUAGUUAUUACGGUGCAGUUGGACAAUUUGUGACUGAGGAUGAUUGACGGCCAGAACUUCUCUGCUGGCAGGUCGCUUGCGAUGAUCACAAGCGUCUGGGUAAUGUUUCCGAUUCUCUGGUUUAUACUCGCUGUAUGUAAAAGUGGUUGUUAUGUGUUGA